AUGGACACCGGGCUGAACCAACUUUGCGAUUUGCCACAGUUGGUUGAGUUUAUAAGCAUGCAGAGCUGCAGGCUCGGACACCCCUCACGCUACCGUCUGGCUGCCAAUUGGCCUCCCGCGGCUACAAACUUCACAUGCGGUCUUUGGGAAGUCAGUUGUCAAGUCGGUAUAUCGGGAGCUCUUUCUCACCCUAGUAGGUCCUACUACAUUACGAAGACACAAGCGCAAGAAACAACAAUAAUUGAUUUCAUGAAGAAGACAAACUCAGGAGUCGAUUUCGUUCUCAAAGGCGCACCGCUCUCCGAACAAGUCUUCGGCUCCCAAUACAAUGUCAUCGGUUUCGACCCACGAGGCGUGAACAACGGUGGAUUAGCCUUAACAUGUUUCCCCGAAAGUGAAGCCGCGCAGACCGUCUUCGGUUCCAUACUCGGUCUGCCUAUUGAUUCCCACUUUUCUACCGGCAUUGCAGAAGUAUAUGAGCUUGCUGCAGACCUUCUCCACUUCAUUGAAUACCGUGCUGCAUGCCGUGGCAAGAAAGUCGAGAAUGCUAAGUUCUGGUAUUACGGGUUAUCAUAUGGCUCCCUAGUUGAGACUACACUUGCAAAUUCAAGUAUAGUUAGGGUAGAUAUCGUGCGGAAUCCCAAUCUUCAUGGCAAAUCGGCAGGCUACUGGCGCCCUGCACGGCUAGCAAAUGUUACGAGCGACAAAACGGCGGUACUAUCGAUGGAACAAGAAACAUUAAGGAAAGAGAGAGCGAGGAAGAGAAGGAACUAUCGCACGGUUAGAGCUGAUAGAGAGAGGUUCCCAGUAUAG